CAGAGCGGACUUCGGAGCGGAGGCAGGCAGAGGAAAGAUGGCAGCCGCGGCAGUGGCUGAGUUUCAGAGAGCACAGUCUCUUCUUGGAACAGACCGGAAUGCCUCGAUCGAUAUCUUACAUUCUAUAGUGAAGCGGGACAUCCAGGAGAGCGAUGAGGAGGCGGUGCGUGUGAAAGAGCAGAGCAUCCUGGAGCUGGGCGGGCUGCUGGCCAAGACGGGACAGGCUGCAGAGCUUGGGGGUCUGCUGAAAUAUGUGCGCCCCUUCCUCAACUCCAUCUCCAAGGCCAAGGCAGCCCGGCUGGUCCGCUCCUUGCUGGACCUGUUCCUGGACAUGGAGGCCGCCACGGGCCAGGAGGUGGAGCUCUGCCUGGAGUGCAUCGAGUGGGCCAAGGAGGAAAAAAGGACCUUUCUCAGACAGGCGCUAGAGGCUCGUCUGAUCUCACUGUACUUCGACACAAAAUGCUACCAGGAAGCACUACAACUUGGCACCAAGUUGCUGCAGGAGCUGAAGAAGAUGGACGACAAGGCCCUGCUGGUGGAGGUGCAGCUGCUGGAGAGCAAGACGUACCACGCGCUGAGCAACCUGCCCAAGGCCCGCGCCGCCCUCACCUCCGCCCGGACGACCGCCAACGCCAUCUACUGCCCGCCUAAACUACAGGCGGCUUUAGACAUGCAGUCAGGGAUCAUUCACGCAGCGGAGGACAAGGACUGGAAGACAGCUUACUCCUACUUCUACGAGGCGUUCGAGGGCUAUGACUCCAUCGACAGCCCCCGAGCCAUCACAUCCCUCAAAUACAUGCUGCUCUGCAAAAUCAUGCUCAAGUUGCCAGAGGAUGUCCAGUCCCUCAUCAGUGGCAAACUAGCUCUGCGGCACGCUGGCAGACAGACAGACUCACUGAAAUGUGUGGCACAAGCCAGCAAGAACCGGUCGCUGGCAGACUUUGAAAAGGCACUUACAGAGUACAAAGCAGAGCUGAGGGAUGACCCCAUCAUCAGCGACCACCUGACCAGUCUGUACGACAACCUGCUGGAGCAGAACCUCAUCCGGGUCAUCGAACCUUUCUCCAGGGUCCAGAUCGCACACAUUUCUUCCCUCAUCAAACUAUCCGAGGGAGACGUGGAGAGGAAACUAUCACAGAUGAUCCUGGACGAGAAGUUUCACGGUAUUUUGGACCAAGGCGAGGGUGUUCUGAUCGUCUUUGACGAGCCGGCGGUGGACAAGACGUACGAGGCAGCCCUGGAGACCAUCCAGAACAUGAGCAAGGUGGUGGACUCGCUCUACAACAAAGCCAAGAAGCUAUCAUAAGAGAGCGAAACCAUCGGUCCUCCCGCCGGGAGCAACGCGGGCCAGUCAGGACCGCUCUAGCUGCUCGCUCACGUCGGCCCCGGGAGGGAGGAGGGACGGAGAGGACGAGGAGAGUACAAAGACUGCAAACGAACCCAGAGAGCAAAUAAAAACCAGCCGACCAAACCGAAGACCAACCCCGAUGGACCGCUCCUCCUAGUCCUCCCUCGCCUCUCUGCUCUCCCCCCCUCCUGUCUCUCUUCCACUCCCAAUCUGAUCGGGGUUGAUCCGACACGACGUGGACAAAUUCAGGCACUGUGCCCCCCCUCUUUCUGCUCUUCUCCCACCUGUACUGUAUGUAAAAUUUGGACCCCCUCCCCACUUAUUUUUUUCUUCACGUUUCUCUCUGCACUGGCCAUCAGGGAAUCUUGUAAUAUAACAAUAAAGAAAACGUAUACAGUACUUAUACAUACAUGUAUUAUAUAUGAAAAACCAGAGUGUAAAAGGGGUUAAACGCCGGUUGGUUGGUGUCUCUCACCUACCAGUUCUCUGCCAACUGGCCCUGAGACUAAAUAUUUGAAUUCCUCUGAUGGCACACAGGUGACCAAGAGAAUGGUUUUGAAUACCAGUGGCCAUCAGAAACCCUCCCCUUCUCCUUCCAUCAUUACUCUGACCUUUAACACCCCCCCAUAACAAACCCACUCACAAGGCAUUCUGGGAUUCUUGGACCACACAGGGAAUUUUCUCUCCCGUCCACUGGGGACCACGCCACGAGGAGAAAAGGACAAUAAUAAACCCCACAUUUUUUCCCCCCGCCUCCUGCACUCCCCCACUUCCUGUUUGUAUAUAACAUUGCCAAGCUCUUCUGUUCACCCGAGGCCUAAUGUAUUCACACAUGUCCUCUUGUUUUUUUGUUUUUUUUUAAACAAUGCGUAAGGACAGAAUAAACCUCUCCUCUGAGAGCUCGGCCGGUCACACAAAGUGCUUUUGACGUGACCGGAGAGGGAACUCUGCGUUCUGGGACGCAACGUCGGUCAUGCAGCGGCAGAAGAAGAAGAAGAAGAAGAAGACGUGGGUUUCACUGAAGAAAAUCAAGCUGUACAUUUUUUGGGAACUUAAUUUUGCAAGGACUUGAGGGUUUACCAUAUAUGACAUAGAGAAAGACAAAUGCUAAUAAUAAAAAAAAUGAAACCUGCAAGUUUUAGGUUCCUGGAAAUGAAACUGUGUUACAG